GCGACAACGGUAUUUGCACCGUCGCCAUCAUGGGCCGCCAGCAGACCCGUCUCGUUCAGAAGCUCUCGCCUCAUUUGACCAGGGUCCCAAAGGCCGCGACGGCGCGCUACGUCAAGACAACGCAGCAGAGGUCGCCUCUUGCCGCUGUCUAUCCUGUUGCAAGGAAUGCCAGGCUGAAGUUGCAGGGCGCCAAUACUAAUCGGUUCCUGAAGACACGGAGUCAGCUCUCUAGCAUCGCUGAGGUGCCGUUGGAAGAAGAGGAGGAGGAACCGGGUCAUGACCAUCAAUACGAUCCCUAUCGCGCACUAGAUGCAUUGGCACGCGAUGAUGAUCGAGGAGCGCGUCGGAAUAUUGAUGACGAGGACGAGGACAUCAUGGAUUGGGACGACGAGACGACUCUGAUGGCCAUGCUGGAGGAAAGCACACAUUCCGAUAAUGAUGAACAAGAGGACCUUGUGGCGCUAGCGAACAAGCUCAAAGCUCCCAUGUCCUCACAGAGAGACGCUAUGAAGCAAUAUCUUGGGGAGACCAUUAUUCCGGUAAUGUCCCGCGUGAAGAAGGUGCAUGGAGUCAUCGAGGACAAGGUUGAUCUUGCCUUCGGCGCUGGCAUACUCACGUUUGAUGAGGCCUGCAAGAAGGUGGAAACCAUGGCGCUCCGCGACGAAGACGACCUGAAGAUAGCAUAUAUGGACUGUCAAAGCAAUAUGAAACACCUUCUCAGUCAACUGCAGCAAGCAUAUGCGCGUCGCGAAGGGCUGUGGUGCGCCCUGCAACAGGAUGCCGAUAAAUGCGCUGACCGCGCAAAGGCUGCUCUGGAAGCUCUUCCCGCCGAGGUGGAAUUCGCCAUAGCUCAACUAGAAAAGAAGAGUAAAGAGCUGGACAAAGACACCAGCUCGGCCUCAAAGCAGAAGAUGCUAAAGGGGAUCCUGGAAAAGCUUAAUUGACAUUCUACCUGAAGUUGGAUGCUCAUUCUGUUGUCUCAUUCUCGUUUUUGUCAGUCUCUCCUUCGCUGUUCUGGCGGGUUUCUGGUGCCAGAGCGAUAGCGCCCUCACUCGGACUAUCCUUGGAACAAAUACCUCAAUCCUGAAGUGUCCCCGUCUUGACUGUAUCCUCUUUGGACCUGAUUGUUCCGCACUCGCAGCGCUUGACUGUUCUGUAUUCUACAAUGUACAUCGUUCGGUAUCCCUCCUCCACUGUACAGUACUGCUUUGUCUGUAUACGUACGCUGGCGAUCCACCAACCUUCCGGUGUUUCCAUGCCGACGGUCUCAGCCCG